AUGUCCUCUUGCUGUGGCUUCGGACGGAAGUCCAAGAGUGGAGACACUGAGCCUUUGCUCCCUCGAUAUGAAGAUGAUACGGCAAGGCAACGCACGCUGCAUCAGAAAUUGCAUACAUAUCAGAUGCUCAGAGCUUUAUCCAAAGGCUACAUGCCGUCUACCGAACAAACGAUCAUCAAUCUCCGCACCUUGUUAGCCUCAGAUGUUCUCAACCCAAAUAACAAAGACCUCAGCCAAUCAGGCCGACGGCUGGUUCGAAGUUGUCGGGAAUGGCUGAAACAGUUCAUUGAACUACUACAACACAAGAACAGCAAUGAUCGGAUACAGGAUUUUAUCUGGCACUUGACAAAGGCGCGCGUCUCCCUUGAUCUAGAAGACAUCUCGCAACAAGCCUCCAAAGCAAAAGCGAAAGCAGAUGUUUCUGCAACAUACUCAAGUCUACGUACAGUAGGUAGCUUGCUUCUCACUAACAAAGAUUUUCGCAUCUUCGUCGACGAUCUCAGCACCAUUGGACGCCAAAUUCUUUCCGAUACUGCAUUUUCUCUUUCCGGCGCCGCAGAGGAAGCAGGCAAGAAGCUUGAGCCGUCAGAGGAUCAGGCACAAGCAGUCAAAGGUGCCGGUGCUGAUGAUGGUGUUAAGACGCCAACUAAGGACGAUGUCGUUCAUGAAGCUGAAGAGGUUUCCAAGGUGCUAGCCAAUGGAGUCGGAAAGGUUGGCAAAGAUACUGUUGCCAGCGCAAAGGAGCACGUUUCUGGUGAACAGAAAGAAACGCUUGUUCACAGGUUGAAGCAAACAGUCGUCGGAUUGCGAAAGCGCACCGACUAUUCAGACUCGGUCUCAACCAUCGCUAAACUCAUUCAACGAUAUGCUAUUCUCUACUCGAGAGCAGCAGAUGCUACUAUUGCGACGGCACAAGAUGAUGUGUAUACAAAUCCUGCACUUGAUCGUGCCGUGCGUAACUUCUGGGACUUAGUAAGCAGCUUUGGCGAUCGUGAAGAGUGGAAGAAACUGGAGGAAGAUUUCAAACAGGUCAUGGGGCACGCUCAAAAAGACCCCCAGUUCGAGCAUUUCAUGCAAGAUGUUGGCAACUCUGUUCAGAAAAUGUUGACAGACCCGGACUUCUUUGACCAUGCCGACAAGAAGCUCAACGAGCUUCAGGAAAAAGCAUCUCAACUUGGGGAUGAGUCCGACUUCAAGAGCGACCUUGAAACGUUCUUCCGGCAAUUGAAAAACACUGUGCAGUCGGUCUUUGAGGACGAGGAUGUCUCCAAGCUGAUUGUAUCCACUCGCAAGAUAUUUGAUACCAUUUCACCUGCGAAUCGUGUCACCAAUCCCGACUUGGUGAUGGACAGCUUGAAUAUCUUCCUACCACUUCUUAUCAGAGGUGUUCAAAAUGUGCCGAUCCCUCGUCUGGAGGUGUCUAUCCCAGAGAUGGAUCUUCUACUGGAAAACUUGAUCAUUGAGCCCGGCCGAACGGUGAACAACACCUCUUUCCUACCUUAUCGAAUGAUUGUCACGACCCGUAAUGAUCUUGACAUACGAAAGGCACAUUCGAAGCGCACUGUUUCCUCGCUCACCUCCCUGAUCACGGUAACUAUCAAUGGCCUUUCUAUAUCAGCACAGGACCUUGGCUUUUGGAUCCGAGUGCACGCUGGAUCAUUCUUCCGCUUCAAUGACGAGGGAAUCGCCAGCUUCGCCUUGGACGAACGGGGAAUCGAUCUCACGCUUGAUCUUGAGGUAGGUCGCGAAAGACUCGAGCAAAUUUUGACCUUGCGUGGGGUCAAGGUUCACAUCCAUAAGCUUGACUAUGCUCUACGAAAGAGCAAACUCUCUUGGCUAGGUUGGCUCUUCAAACCAUUCCUCAAGCAAAUCAUUCGACGGGCUUUGGAGAAGACGCUGGCUGAGUCAAUCGCAGAUGCCUUGCAUGCUGCCAACCGGGAAUUGGUUUUCGCAAGAGAAAGGCUGCGUGCAACGCGUAUCGCAGACCCACAAGAUCUGGCAACCUUCAUCAAGGCUGUCAUCACGCGUUUGACGCCAGCCGAGGAUCCUGAUGUGUACACCCGCGUAGGUGUUGACGCCCCGGACAGAGGUGUUUUCAAGAACGUCUACACGCCUGGAUCGGUUGUCAAGCUGUGGCAUGAGGAAGCCAUGCGAGCAGAAGAAGCAGUGGAAGAUGGAGGAGAACAGACCGGGGGAUGGAGGAAUGAUAUAUUCGACGUCGCCGUGUAUUGA